CUAUUCGAUUCAAAAUAGUGAAUGAUCGAUUGAAUAAAUUCGUGUAAUUCGAAUUUUCCUUUCGAAUUGCUUCCUCGAUCGAUCGAGCCUUUUUGGCGACGACAAUGACAUACCGGUAAGGACGCUUGCUUCGAGAUCUGUUUGUCCCCUGUCUUCUGGCAUAGAGCAGUACGGUAGCACAUUCACCAAUAGACACUGUAUGUGCGGCAACGAUGAGUGAUACAACAGCAUCGGCAACUGACUUGUCUCUGGUUCUCUCAGUGGCCCAAGAAGCAGCUCGUUUGGCUGGAUCGACCAUUGUGGGUGCGUUGGGCAGUGCGGGUGCUCUGCAAGAAAAGAGCAAUUCGACGGAUUUGGUGACGGAGACGGAUCAAAAGUGCGAGGAAUUGAUUGUGAAGUUGCUUCAGGAAAAGUUUCCCGCUCACAAGAUUAUUGGAGAAGAAUCGAAUGGAUCCGCCAAGUACGAAUUGACGGACGAUCCCACGUGGACGAUUGACCCGAUUGAUGGGACGACCAACUUUGUUCAUUCGCUCAAACUGAGUUGUGUCAUUCUCAGUUUCUUGGAACAAAAGAUUGUCCAAGUGGCGGUCGUCUAUGAUCCAUAUCAUGACGAACUCUUUUACGCCACAAAGGGUCAAGGAGCCUUUCUCAUUGCCAAGGGAGGAGCGCCCACUCCGCUACAAGUCUCACAAACCAAAUCGCUGAAACAAGCCGUCAUUACCAUGGACCCCGGAUACGGGCGAGGAUCCGUCGAAGUCGCCCGAUUCUGCAAUCUACAAGCUGCCAUCUUGCAAACAGGAGUCCGCAAUCUACGCAUCCUGGGAUCCACCGGAUUGGUAAUGGCCAACGUUGCGGCUGGACGUGUGGAUGCGGCCUUUGAAGAAGGAUCCUGGGACACGGGGUUGGGACCCAAAAUUUGGGACUUUGCCGCUGGAAAGUUGCUGAUUCAAGAAGCGGGAGGGCUCACCCGAGACAUAGAAGCCUCAGACUUUAGCAAUACCGAACUAGAUGUCAUGAAACGAUCCUUCUUUGGUGCCGCCACACCCGAAUUGGCAAACGAGUUGUUGGCCAUCAUUGCAAAGGACAAGAAAUAGAAAUAGAUAGAUUGGAACUAUGAAACAUGAACUGUAGGUUUUACUCAUCUUGGAAGGAGUGACAGUCUCCUGAGCCGAGAUGAGGAGGCUAAAGCAAACGUAUCUAUAGUUGGAGUGGAUCCGUGUCUGUGUAGGUGCGAAUGUCUCUUUCUUUUUCUAAGCCAUAGAUUGUGUGUAAACAUGCAGGUGUCUCGUAUUUG